AAUCAAAAUUUCAAAAAUAAAUUGGCAAUCAUGAUGUACUUGUGAUGUUAUAAUGAACAAAAUACUGUCCAAAUAUAGUAUAUUUUUUGUUGCAUGUUUUGUAUAAAUUUAUAUUUUUUUGAUACUAUUAUAGCAACCUCAAUAAUUAUUUUUUUGGUAUAAUUUCAGUUAAUUUUGAAAUGUAUGAGUAGAGUAUGAAUGGUUGGUAUGAGUGAUUAUAUAUCCAUUGUACAUCUUACCUAUAAAAGUAUAUAAUAUGAUGCACUUAAUUUCUAUUUGUACAAUGGACAAUGCUACUUAUAAAAUUUUUUUUUUUUUUUUUAAAAUACUGUCCAAAUUACAUCAUUAUCGUUAAUCUUUAAUCACAAAGCACUUUCUUAGUAUUCUAUAACCCUUAGAGUAACAAGAGAUGUUUGUAAAACACAUAUGCCCCCCAUGGUGCAAAAUUGAAAAGGGUUAUACACACACAUCAUUUAAUUGAUAGUAGUAUCAUCAAUUCAAAAUAUUGAGCAGACAAUAUCUUCCUAUGUCAAGAGUGAAUUGACCAUGUGACCUAAAUAUUAAUAGGGGUCAUCUUCUCCUUAUGCUGUACCAGUGUACUGUCAAAGAGUUAAAACUUUAAUUAUUUGUCAGGUGUCAAUGUGAAGAUAAAUGGUAGAGUGUAAGAGAGAGAGAAAGUUUUUAAAGUGCAGGUGCAAGGCGCUGGCCGCCUAUGCCUUGUUCCCAGGGGUGUCGUAUGAGUUGGUUAGAGAGGAGAGCGAAUGUUUAUGGUUUGUAAGUUAAUUGGUUCGAAUGAUUUCUGUUUAUUUUGAGUGAUUGGAGUUUGGGAUAUGAAAGAGAAAGUUAAUGAAUUUAUGUCUUUGGUGUGUGAGAUUUAAGGAAGAGGUACCUCGUGAGAGAGGAGGGUCUGAGCCUGACUGUGAACAAGAGAGGACGUCUUUAUAUUGUGUCAAUGUACAUGUUGUAAAUUUGUAAAUAAACUUGUAAAUAGUUAUGAUGCGUUAUAUAACGUUACGAGAGGCGUCCCUGUGACAUUUUGGUGGCAGCGGUGGGAUACAGUGUAUUGGAACGGAGAUAAUUCCAACAGCCAGGAUGCCCAAGAAAAGGCGACAAGGGGCGUUAGACGAAAGCGUUUGUGAACUACCGACUAUUCCAAAUACUAGUCAGAUUUCAUCUUCGUCAACCAUAAUCAAACCAUGUCCGUUCUUUGGAAAUUUGGAUGAAGAUUUCGACGCAUGGAUAAAGAACUUUGACAGAAUUGCAAAGGCUAAUGGCUGGUCGAAAGAGAAAAGAUGUAUUACAAUACCUGCCUUCCUCAGGGACAGAGCCGCUGAGCACUAUGAAUCUCUAAAAGAAGACGCAAAGGACGAUUAUGACAUCCUAUGUGAAUCCCUCCGAGAGAGAUUCAUACCUAAGGAGCUACAGACUCUUUACUACUCAAACCUGUUUGGAUGCAAACAGAAAGACCAACAAUCUGUUGACGAUUAUGCAUCGGAGAUAACAAAGUUGACAUCAAGAGCUUAUGUGGAGAUGCCAAAGAGACAAAAAGAAAUAUUAACCAAAGAACAUUUCGUUCAAGGUCUCAAUCCUGACCUCAAAAGGUUUGUGCUAAUGUCAAAUCCAAAGACUUUUGAGGAGGCAUUCAGACACGCAAAGAGGGAGGAAUGUCAUAACGCCCUCACAAGACCACAAGCCAGGACCAUGGCAGCCGCCUGUGAGGAAGACCGAACUUUGAGGCUCGAAAAAUCUGUUGAGGAACUCGCUGUGCAACUAAGUGCGAUGGCUACCAACCUAAACCACAUAACAUCCCCCACCAACUUUAAUCGAGGAAACCGCAACCAGAGUAACCGAGGAUUCAGACGUGGGAGAGACCGCGGGACACGCCCUAAUGCGCAACCUUGAUCCGAUAGGAAUCUACGAACUACGGACGGUCGACCGAUCUGCAAUUUUUGCAUGAAGGUCGGACAUAUCGAGUUUGCGUGCCAUGAAAAGAGAACGGAAAACUAAAGUCUGCCUCUUUGAAAGGAGGCAAGGAGGCAGAAGCAUGUUUUGAAAAACCUCCCUUAGCGAGUGACCGGAGUGAAAAUUGUGUCCAAGUUCCAAAAGAAGCCGCCAAUGAUGUUCGUGUGAAUCCAUGGGAAGAUGAGUCUUGUGUCGCCAAGUCUCUGAGUGUCGUUUUGUGUCAGCUAAAUCCAAAUUUUGUGUCGCCAAAAUUCAGGGAUUAAUCAACGGGAAACUUGCGGCGAUGUUAGUGGACACCGGGUCAAGUGUGACCAUUGUAAGCGAAACUAUGGCUAAGGGAUGUGCGCUAUCUCCAAGCGGAGCUGUUACUGUAUCGUCAGCAACAGGCGACUCUAUUCAAAUUAUUGGAAAAUGUGACUUUCAGUUUAGAAUUGGCCUGAAAAUUUCUAUUACGUAUACUGCUUUUGUGUCUAGAAACUUUCCUUAUGAUUGUAUUUUAGGCCUAGACAUUUUGAAAGACUGUGCAUGUUUUAUUGAUGUAGCCAAUGAUUCCUUGUAUAUAAAUGGCGAGAGAGUGUCAUUUAGCUCUGAUGUGAGUUCACUUAACGAGAGUGUGCAAGAUGCUUGUGGAUAUGAGAGUUUGAACGGAAUUGAGAUCAGUGAGAGUGUUGAUGCUGAUGAGAAAAAUACAGGUUCUUUUCAUGUAUCUAAUACUUUAGAUGAGCUAGAGUGUUCGCAAAUUAAUGAAGUGUUAGGGAAGUGUUAGACAUAAUGCGCUCGCGCAACCCAUCAAAUAGACUGGAAAAACAUUAUUAUGUACAAUUUGAAAAUGGAAAUACACAAUGGGUAAACGAGGACAUUAUUAAGGACUUUCAGAUUGUACAAGAUUUUAUUCAGUCAAAGUGAUAUUUUGUACUAUAAUGACUUUCGUUAUUAUGAACAUGCAUGGUUAAAUGUGCGAUAAGAAAAAAAAAAAAGAGAAAGAAAAAAAAAUAUGUAAGAUAUAGAAAAUGAAAAAAAAAAAUGAAAAGUGUAUAAAUGUAUAAGUAGAUGUCCAUGCUUUGUAAAUGUUCUUGUGUGCUUGUUAGGUGGUUUAAAAUAACUGUUUUAAUUGCUUUCAUAUUAUCUUGCCAUUGUAUAUAUUGAUAGAGUUAUGAUUUGAAAAUUGGUGUGUCGGGACGCCACACUUAAGGGGGAUGGUUUGUCAAAGAGUUAAAACUUUAAUUAUUUGUCAGGUGUCAAUGUGAAGAUGAAUGGUAGAGUGUAAGAGAGAGAGAAAGUUUUUGAAGUGCAGGUGCAAGGCGCUGGCCGCCUAUGCCUUGUUCCCAGGGGUGUCG